GAGGAUAGAGGUGCUUUCUUCAAAUCAUUAAAAGUAGUUAUGUAGGUUGGGUUUAGAGGUUAUAUUUUCAUUAGUUUUUCAUGUUUUUAUUUGAAAAUUUGAAAAAUAAAAUUAGGAGUUUACCAAGGUACUGAAAACAUACUUGAGUAAUGAGAGCUGUUACAAGAUUUUAUUCUGUAAAAUCAAACCUGAAGAUUAAUCCAGUACAAAACCUGGUUGCAACGAAGACAUUACAGGUAUCAUUGAGCGGAGAUGAUAUUGCCACAGUUAAUUAUGAGGUUCUCAAUGGUGACAAGUAUGAUUUGACUCAUACUUCAAUUCCAAAAAAAUAUCACGGACAGGGGCUGGGCUCCAUUUUUGCAGAGAGGAUAUUUGAUUACCUUGCAAGCAACAACAAGAAAUUUAAACUAACCUGUGAGUUUCUGCAGAAAAUUCAUGUUCAGAAUGGGAAAAAAUAUGAAAAUUAUGUAAUAGAUUCCUGAGCCUGAGACAAUAAUUGAAUUGAACAUUAUUCCUCCAAAACUGAUAUUGACUUGAACACUUUUAUUAAACAUGGGAUGAUCAUAAUUGAAUCAUUUCACAAAAUUAUUGCACUAUUAUUAUUUAAUCUGUUAUUUGUUAUCUGUUAUUUGAAUUAUAGUUGUUGUGAAUCAAAUCAUUCAGACAAUAAAAUUUCAGUUGCCUAACUACCAUUUGUUUGUAUUUCAGAAUUCCAAAUAUGAGGUUAUUCAUCUAUUGGUAAAUGUUUCUAGAGUAAAUGACUUGAAAAAUAAAACCAGAUAAUUCAAACACUGAAUCUUACAUCAAUAGUUGAAAUUGUAACUUCAAAAAUGGACAAAUUAGAAAAUAUUGAUUUGAAAUCAAAAAUAUUUCAUUACUUUCAUGAAAAAUUGUUCAAUCACAUGCUUACUUCUGCAAAGGAAGGUAUGUCCAGAUUCAAAGGUGAUAUUUCAUAUCAUUUGUAUCAUGCAUUGGCAUUAAUGCUAGUUAAUCGACUUGAAGAAGGAAUUCAUGAUCUAGAAACAAUACAGAUGGAGAAUGAGGUGAAACUGGCUGUAACGAUAGCCCUAAUGUAUGGCCAUAAAUUGAUUGGAGUGACCAAUAAAGAUUUAUACUCCAAAUUAGAUAGUAAAAUGAAAGAAUACCGGAAGUCAUCUGAGGCAAUAGAUUUUUACUAUACAGCCUUUGUUCUUCUAUGUUUCAAAAAAACUGAAAAGGCCUUCGAUUACAUUGAGAAAGCUUUGAAUAUGGAUAGUGCUUUACAUGAAUGUCAAACUUUAAAAGGGUGGAUUUUAUUAAUUCUCGAUAAUGGGAAAAAAUCCGUUGAUGGUAUCAAAGAUAUAUUUCAGAACUCUUUGAUGCAAAAUCCAAGAAAUUUAACUACAGUUAUAGGACUUACCGAAUGUUAUUUACUUCAAAAGGAUAACAACGAAGCAUUGAAUACAAUUAAUAAAGCUCUAGUUCGUUACAAUCAAACCAAUUUGCCACUGUUACAAAAAAUACGCAUACAGAUUGCUGCUUUGGACUGGGAUCAAGCAAUCGAGACAAUUAAUAGAGUUUCAUCUAUUGAUAAUAAGAAUUUGCAUAUCAAGAAAUUGUAUGUAAUGAUUCUGAUGUGUCGUUUAGAAGAUUAUGCAGAAGCUUUGAAUGAAAUGAAAACAUUUUUAACCAUUAUGGAAUCAACUGAAUCUGGAAAUAUUCAACUAAUGUUAGAGGUUGUUCAUCUUUUUGGUAAAAUAUGUAGAAAAAACGAUCAAAUACUAUCAGAAACUAGUAAAGUAUUGGAGGUGGCUGUACAGCACAACCCAGAAAAUGCUGUUAUUAUUGUUGAGAUGGGACAUCAUGCUUUAAAAAGAGGAAGGAUCAAAGAAGCUUUGAGGUAUUUCAAAAAUGCUACAAAAAUUGACGAAACUUCAUUGGAUGCUCUUCUUGGAUUAUCACUAUGUGAACUGGCUGAGAAUGGAAACACACAUCAACUCAAGGAACAAAUAGAUUUUCUUUUAGAAAUGAAAGAUGCUCAAGGAUCGCCUAUACUGCAUUUUUUGCAAGCUAAAAUUAGUAACGACUCUGAGGAGGCUCUGAAAUAUCUCAUUAGGAUUUUCGAAAAUAAAAUAUUACUGUUGAAGAAUUGCCCUUUCUCUGAUAAAUAUCUGUUAAUUCUGGAUCCUAGUUUCUCAAUGGAAAUAAUCAAAGAAUGCUUUCAACAUAUUUCAUUGUCAAAAACUUCAUGGAAGAAUGUUAUUGAUGUGGUAUCAGAAGUUUUGAAUAUAAUAUCGAGAGUAUGUCCAGGUUUGAUGGAAGCUCUGUAUCUGCUAGCGAAGAUUCAGUAUAUGAAAGGAGACGAUAAAAAUGCUCUGACUACUCUAGAAAAGCUUCAAGGAAAUACUGCCAAUCCAAAUAGUGAUGCACAGUUACUUAUGGCUCAAAUCCAAGUGAAGCAUGGAAUGUUUGAGAGAGCAAUCCAAAGCUUAGAAGUGA